AUCGUCUGUGUAGCUAGCUAUGCUUACACACGGUGCGUGGUUGGCCAUCACUGCCUCCAUGCUAGCUGCCUGGUGGACCACGACAGACGAGCUGAAAGCGUAAGGUAAGUACCGUCACCAUUCUGGCAUACAGCACGCAUGUAACGGCGACAGGUAGCUCAGUCUUGCUUCACGAAAGGAAAGCUGUGCGCUGACGGCACGUUAUGCAGACCGAACGUCGCGGGCAAAUCCCAAGUUGGGUCGCUCCCGGCCUCCCGCUCGCCAAACCUAAACUAACGUAGUGCGCAAGCGAGGAUCGAAGUCGCUCUGGUAUAAAAUUCACCGCUCAACUCCAUAAAGUAAGGCUGCAAUCAAUUAUGAGUGGAAGUUCAGCAGUGAGGAGACUGCUGCCUGUCUCAAGGAAGCAGUUGAGGAGAUCGUGGAGGUACAUCAACGCUGCAGUCUCACCAGUCCACUUCAGUAAUCCGUCACCUCUCCUGGAGGAGCAGAGUAGAGGACUGAGAGUGAGGUCAUUCCACUGCAGUGCUCCAGGUCCAGCCACUACUGGGGCUCAGGGACGACCCAGGAGUGAUUGGGACGACCUCCCAAUGUCUCUGGACCACUUCCGCAAACCUAGUCAACCUGCUGCCGGGACCACUGGCCAUCAGGAGGGUGAUGGAUACACUCUGCCUCACCCUGUGUGGAGUGAGGAGGAAAUGAACUCUGUCCAGAUCACUCACACUCCUUCCAAGAAACCUGUUUAUAAUAUGGGUGCCUAUUACUCUGUGCAGAUGUUGAGGACGGGGUUUGAUCUAUUGUCUGGGUAUUCGUGGGGCAAGAGGUUUGGUACACUGGAUGAGAAGAAGUGGCUCUCAACAAUCAUCUAUCUUGAGACAGUGGCCGGAGUUCCAGGUAUGAUAGGUGUGAUGGUGCGUCAGUUGAAGUCUCUGCGGCACAUGACUCGGGACCAUGGCUGGAUACACACCUUGCUGGAGGAGGCAGAGAAUGAGAGGAUGCACCUCCUCACAGCUCUGGAGAUGAGGAGACCUGGACCUCUCUUCAAGAUUUCCGUCAUUGGAACACAGGCCGCAUUCUUGGACAGGUCAAAGCAGCUCUAGAUGAAACAUCUUGGAAUGUGGACCGACUUUCUCUACUGAAAGUGACUCUCAAGAAGAAGCUAGACACAUUGAUGGGACUCGAUACAGAGAUCAUCUAAAACACACCUGAGGAUGGAUUAGACGAUGAGAUUAAGCAGUCAGACGAAUACGAAUACCUUGGGGAAAAUGUACGUGUGGGAAUGCAGUUGGAUUGCUAACCUAUGACAUUGAUGCUGAACGUUGUCCUAACUGGUUCGUCUGCCAAUCACAUCAUGCAUUGAACGAAAGGGGUGAUGGGGCUACUAGUCUGCAGGUCGACAUGUCAUUGGAGUGUUUGCAGGGGUGAUGAGGGACAAACUGCUGUUCACACUACAUUGGGUUGGGUAUUGUCAGGUCCAGCCCCUGCACAGGACUCAGUAAAGUGUUGGAUGAACAUGACCACCACACAUGCACUCCCUUCUGACACACAUGCCUCCGAGACCAUGGGUCUAGAUACACAACACAACUUCCUACCAUUCUGAUCAUAUAGAAUUGCCCUAGCAGCUGACGUAGAGAAGAUUAUUGCAAUCAAUACCCGUAACCUCCUACACUUGAUCUGGGUAGAUGACAUACACAAGGAGAAGCCUUCUUCUAAAGUUUUCAGCUUUUUAACAGAAUAAUCAAAGGUUCUUAAUGCAACCAUCAAAUUCCACAACAAAGAAGUUGUUAAAAAAGUACUAAGACAGUGUCACAGGUGCAGACUCUGAAGAGGCUUGAUUCGUGUUCCGGAGAGGUGGUGGGAUUCGGCCUCAAGAAGUUUCUGACCAAUUCUCGAGAGCUGCAAAAACGAAUCAACAAUGCUGAAGGCAUUGAACACGUGGAGUCAGAUGCCC